AUGUUGCUCCACGCGGCUGCAACAUGUUCUCUGACAAACAAGUUGCUCAAUGAACACAGCGUUGGUCAAUACAACCGCACGAUUGCGCUGCUCGGGAAUUUCGGGCGACGAUUCCCGGACAAUGAGGCCAUCAGUCAGCGAUCUCCCAGCCACAUGUCCCGCAUUCUGUCGUACGGAUGUGGCCCGGGCGAGGAGGCCCUUGCGCUGCAACAGUGGUAUGGGUCAAAUGUCACCGUGUACUGUACAGACAUCAAGCCUGGGCUGGUCGACGCCGUCGCGCGACGCAACCAGCCGGGCAUACGCGCCGUCAACCUGAGCGUCGCCAGCUCGAUGACCUUUGACCUCGUGACGUGCUUUUUCGUCCUAUUCACCAGAAUGUCUAAGAUCGUCUUUCGCAGCUUUCUGGGCGACUUACUGCGCCUCGCUCCCACGGCCGCGGUCGUCGGCCACCGCACGGGCUCCUGGAAGCACAGCCGCUUCAAUUCAAGCCUCAUCGAGACCGAGCCGGGAUGCUGCACGUCUCGGUUUAGCACAGGGCUGCUGUGCGAGCGGCUCGGCGCCGCUCGCGAGGGCUGCUGUGCGAGCGGCUCGGCGUCGCUCGCGAGGCUGCUGUGCGAGCGGCUCGGCGUCGCUCGCGAGUUGGGCGUCGUCUAG